ACGGCAAUUUCGUUUUUCCACGCCCCGUUUUGACUCGGCGUUGACCGCAAAGUGAGAGGUUGGCUUUCAUUCAUCUGGAGCAACAACAUGGCGGCAACCUGAUAGCAGCUGCAUAAAAAAUAGCAAACCUCACAUAUUUGUGCAAACAGACACAAAUAAAAAAAAUACAGAGGAAGACUACAUAACUAACAGGACAUCCAUCGACUUCGAUUCAGUCUGAAUGUAAAGGUUCCCUGGAACAUAAUCCUGAGUUGCCAGUUGAGAAAGGCUAGUGGACUCACUAGAAGAGCUGGCAAAAAAUAUAGGAUUCAGAGCAGUAAUAACGAAACUAAAGACUGAAAGGACUCAUUUUGGUUAGAGUAUUUAGCUAUUGCAUCUGGACUUAGAUCAAGGCAAACCGAUGGUGCCCUCUCUGAAGUAGAGACCAUGGAUCGCUACCAGGACCUAUGGCCGAAGUACAGGGCUUGGGUUUGAAACGGGACCAUUUACCUCUCCCCCUGCCUGUCACCAUCCCAUAUCAGAUCACAGAUGGAGGUGACAUGGAGCUAAGCAGUGAAAUGUAAUCUCGGCCAGAGAUCCCGCUCUCUGCUCAGUAGCACCUGUCACAGCCUGAACUCUCCACAAAUAUUUUCAUCCUGGACCUUGAACUCAUUGAGUCUUAGCUAACUGCCCUACACCUCUCUGGUAACUGUUACAGCUAGCCUACAGUUUCCCACCAACCAAAACGAACCCCUUCAUGUUUACAGACCUACUCUAUCCCAACGUCAACAGAUUCUCUCAAUGCCCAGACCUGGCCACACCUCCUCCCAUGUCCCUUAAUUUUUUCUAAUUGAACUGUAUCCCUGAGCCACCACGACACACAGCCAGGCCAAAGGCUUGGUGCAGUUGCAUUGGACUGUCUAGAGCACAUUGCAGUGACUAAGCUCUAACUAAGUUGAUUUAAACAUGAGUGACGGGGAGCUGCAGCACCUGGACUAUCUGACUGAGAAUGAGCUGAUGGGCAUGGACACGUUCAUUCACCGCAUCGACUCAACCGAGGUGAUCUACCAGCCACGCAGGAAGAGGGCCAAGCUGAUUGGGAAGUACCUGAUGGGAGACCUGCUGGGGGAGGGCUCCUAUGGUAAGGUGAAGGAGAUGCUGGACUCUGACACGCUGUGUCGCAGGGCCGUCAAGAUCCUCAAGAAGAAGAAGCUGAGGCGGAUCCCCAACGGAGAGGCUAAUGUGAAGAAGGAGAUCCAGCUGCUACGGAGACUCCAGCACAAAAAUGUGAUCCAUUUGGUGGAUGUGUUGUACAAUGAAGAGAAGCAAAAAAUGUAUAUGGUGAUGGAGUAUUGCGUAUGUGGGAUGCAAGAAAUGCUGGACAGCGUCCCAGAGAAAAGAUUUCCAGUAUUUCAAGCUCACGGGUACUUUUUACAGCUGUUAGAUGGCCUUGAAUAUUUGCACAGCCAGGGAAUCGUUCACAAGGACAUUAAACCAGGAAAUCUGCUUCUGACUACCGACGGGGCACUCAAGAUCUCCGACCUGGGCGUGGCAGAGGCUCUGCACCCGUUUGCAGAGGAUGACACGUGUCGUACGAGUCAGGGCUCGCCGGCGUUCCAGCCCCAGAUCGCCAAUGGCCUGGACACCUUUUCAGGGUUCAAAGUGGACAUCUGGUCCGCAGGCAUCACACUAUACAACAUUACGACGAGUCUUUAUCCGUUUGAAGGGGACAACAUCUAUAAGCUAUUUGAGAACAUUGGGAAGGGAGACUACAGUGUUCCAGAAGAGUGCGGGCCUGCCCUGUCAGGCCUACUGCAAGGAAUGCUUGAAUAUGAUCCUGUCAAGAGGUUUUCAAUACAGCACAUAAGGCAACACAACUGGGUACGUAAAAAACACCCGCCAACAGAACCACCGGUGCCGAUCCCUGCCAGCCCGGAGAGCCGGGACGUGUGGCGCAGCAUGACGGUGGUGCCCUACUUGGAGGACCUGCAUGGGUACACGGAGGACGACGACGAGCUCUACGACCAGGAGGACACAAUCAUCUACACUCAGGACUUUACUGUGCCAGGCCAGGUGCCAGAGGAGGACUUAGACGAGGGUGAGGUGGAUCGGAACCGGGCCCAGGCCAAGCCUGUUUGUGUGAAUGGAACAGAGAGCAAGGCCAAGCCAGAGUGCAGGUCCUCGUCUUCAUCCAACCCCUCCCGCAAAGGAGUAUCCACAGCCAGCAAGAUACGCAAGCUCUCCAACUGCAAACAGCAAUGACUGCACCUCAACAACUCACCUGGUGAGAAGGGGUCUGCCAUCAUUCAGCUGCUUUAUCUGUGCUGCUGGAGGCAGAGGGAAGUCUCGAUCACUGUGUGUGCGUGCGGGUUUGACAAAUAAGCCUUUGAUGCUCAUAUAAGGAAAAGUGUGCCCUUAAUUAUCCUUUUUAAGUCGCUGUAUGUCAUAAAUAGUCCUAUUUGUCAUGCCAUAGUCUCGUACAAUAAAAUGAACUAAAUGAAGCUUGCCCUUCCUCUCUUUAACUCUCUCCCUCGCUCUGUCCUCCCAGGUUCAUCUUUUCCCGUCCUUCUGUUUUUGGAGUGCUUGGCCAUUGCCAAGAGAAGCCUGCUGAUGUGGUGCCCCACGUUUCCUCCUGAACCAUUCGGCUACAAACUCUUCUUCAAGGAUGCCAUGCGCUUGACAGAGAGCGGGAAAGGGGGAGAAGGAGAGAAAUGGAGACUGCUCAGACUACCCUCGAGGGUCUUGGUGUGAAGUGCUUGUGUUUCCCUUCACUCCCUCCGUUGUCUGGUUGUCCCAAAGGAGGUGUGGCCUGGCCGUGUGAGACCCACCUUUUCUGAGUCCUGCCCCAGUUUGUUUUAGUUUAUAGACCAUCUCUUAUUUUACAGAACCUAACUGCAGUUUUUAAAGAUGCACAUUGUGAUGUGUAAAAAGAAUGACGUUGAUAAAGAACACGUAUAUAUUUAAACUAUGAUGACGAUGAUGGUAGUGCUACCCAUGUAAAACUGCAUGCUGUACGGAGCUUUGAGUAAGGAAAACUACUUGGUUAAGGACAGACAAAUGGACUAAAACCUUGACAACCAUCGCUGAUGGUGAGUUGGGGGGGGGGGGGGGGGGGGUGUUGUUUCCAUUAGUUUUUGUUUUGAUUUUUUUCCAAUAAAUAUUUUAAUUAUUUAUGUAAAACAUGUCCCAACCAAACCCUAUUUGUUUUCUGGCUCCCAUUUUUUCUUUUCUGACGGUGCACGUGGUCAUUAUACUGCAGGGUUUUAUUUAUAGAUAUGAAUAAACCUUGUGGUUUUAUUUCACACCAACACGAUGUUAGUGGGAACACUACAUUUCCAUGGAGGGGGAAGGGAGAUCGAGGGCGAUUCGAAACUUUAAAACUGAAGAGGGGAUCAGAAAAUGUAAAAUGGGAUUCUUCAGACCAUGGAAAAACUGGAGUAAUAUGUUGUCGGGCAUCUGUGUGUUAAAAGAUGCACUGCUAGCCUUUUUUCCCCCUCUGAUCGUCUUAUUGUUCCCUGAUCACAUCCCUGGAAACUUCUCUUCCACCUCAAUCUUUCCAUUUCUCCCUUGCUCUCUGGUCUGACUCACCUGCACUUUCCUCUCCUGUCUUUCUCCCUCUUUUUCCCUCUCUUCUGACUUACCUGCUAUCUCCUUUUCCCUCUAUCCCCCUCUUUCCCCUUCUCUCCAUCCCUCCAACUCAUCUCCUCUGCUCUCUCUUUUGCGCCUCCUCCCUCCCCGUGCUCACCUGCUCUGUAAUCUAUUCUUAGUGCUGGCCUGAUGGGGGCAGCUAAUUGCGUAAGAUGGAGAGAGAUAAACACUGCCUACGUCAGCCCAGCACUGAGAGAAUCUCUGGCAGAGCCCAGACCAGGCAAAACUCAGUGGGGAAACCUCAGCAAUAUACCUUUUGAUUAAUAAAGAAUUCCUGCUUUUCUGA